AUGUCAAACAGCUUUUAUGUUUGUUUAUUAAGUAAUACUACUGAUUAUCCCGAUAAUCAGCCUAAUAAAUUUCGUGUUCAUCUUCCCAAACCAAUUUAUUUUUCUGGAGAUUGGGUUUGUGGUUUACAUAGCAUUUCUUAUCCUUAUUCAUGGCCGUCAACUAUUGGUACACUUGAUGAACAAUGGAUUGAUAUUCACUGUACAGACUUUAAAGGUAUGGCUAAGGUCAUAAGAGUCCCGGUGCCAAGAGGAUCACACAAUAAACCGGAAGAUUUACUGAAAUUUUUAAUAUCCACUUUGCAACAUCAAAGUGGAGUGCUAGUAGAAUCUAAUAUAGAUAAAAGUUUUGUUGAUAGCCCAACUUUAAUUUCGCCACCCAGACUUCAACGCCCAAAACGAAGUUUGGAAUUACAAUCGCCUCCGACGAUUAACCCAGAUAGGCAACCUCUAAUUUCGCCACCCAGAACUCAACGUCCAAAACGAAGUUUGGAAACUAAUUUACCAUCGCCUCCUGGGGUUGAAGGAGGACUUGGUUCUCCUCCUCCUCCAACUUCGUCUACCAAUCCUUCUUCACCUGUAUCAAAGAAACCUACGCCUCCACCUCAAGAAAAUAAAAGACCUACAACUCCAGAACUUCCAUCGCCUCCUAGGCUACCACAAUCUCCACAUCUGUCUACGCCUCAACCUCCUACUCCACAAAAACCUCCCCUUGUCCAAAAACCUUCAAUUCAACCUCAUCCUGCCCAGAAACCUUCAACUCCACAACCUCCUCCACCUGCCCAAAAACCUUCAAUCCCUCAAAAACCUCCACCUCUUCCUGCUCAAAAACCUCCAACUCCACAACCCACUCCACCUCCUCCUGCCCAAAAACCUCCAACUCCACAACCCACUCCACCUCCUCCUGCCCAAAAACCUUCUACUCCACAACCUCCUCUACCUCCACCUCCUCCUACCCAAAAACUUCCAACACCUCAAAAACCACCUUUUCCGGCUCAAAAACCUUCAACUCCACAACCCACUCCACCUCCUCCUGCCCAAAAACCUGCUCCACAACCUCCUCUACCUCCAUCUCUUCCGCCUCAAAAACCUUCAACUCCACAAAAACCUCCACCUCCUCCUGCCCAAAAACCUUCUGCUCCACAACCUCCUCUACCUCCACCUCUUCCGGCUCAAAAACCUUCAACUCCUCAACCCGCUUCACCUCCUCCUGCCCAAAAACCUUCUACGCCACAACCUCCUCUACGCCCACCUCCUACCCAAAAACCUUCAACUCCUCAAAAACCUCCACCGCCUACCCAAAAACCUUCAACUCCACAACCUCUUCUAGCUACACAACAACCUAAAUCUCCACCUCAGCUUUUGCCUACACAGCCCUCUCAACAAAAAUCAACACCUCAAAAAUUAGCACCAAAACCUGCUACCUCUACAAAACCGCAAGAAAUUAUUCAACCGCCAAUAAUUUCUCCAACAAAAACUCUUCCUAAAUUACCUCUACCUUCAGAAACUCUUCCUUCACUUCCUGAAGCUCUCCCAUUAAAACAGAACAAAUCAGUGGUUCAACAAAAAAUAAAAUGGACAGAUGACAUGGAGAGGGUUCUAACACAUGUAAUUGGAAAACCCCCUACUGACUUCCAAAGAGAAAAUUAUUUACCAAUGAUAGAAGGUCUUCUGAAGAAAUACAGUUAUCUAAGAAAAGACAAGAUCGACACUGCUGUACAGAAACAAAUUAUAGAUUCUAUUUCUCUGUCUUUUCACAAAGAUUUUAAGCGUUUUAAAUUAGAAUUUUCUCAUCCAAAUAUUAAAUAUUUAUCUUUCUCUCCUCAGCUUGGCUAUGUGUUGGGGUUUGAAAAUUCAAAUAUGGUUAUGCAUAAUGAAAUCGCAAAAUAUGGAAGUGAUUUGAGAGGAGGGUUCUCUAGUUUUGCUGUUUACUCCAGGGGUUUAACAGAGAAUAUGAUUGUAGGAAACUCACUUAGCUCAUUAUUGAGAGUUGUGUCUGUCUCCGGAGCAACACCAGGAGAAUAUCAUGAAAAGAUAUACGACUCUCCUAUUUUUAUUCGUGUACUCCCCAAAGAAAUUAAUGAAAUAGAAAUUGAAUUAAGAACAAUGGAUGGAGGAAGACUCGUCCCUUUUGCAUUUGGAACAGUAAUGAUAGUCUUAAUAUUUAAAAAAGUUAUAAAUUUUUAA